CCGUGUGCUGUGCAUAUGCAUUUGACACUGCACGGUGUUGGCAACGUCUUCUGCUACCAGGAUAUUGGUUACUCGUCGUGAGAUUUGACUGGUAAAAAAAUGGCAACUCGUUUGUUGCUAAGGAACUGUACAAACAUUGUUAAAAACGGUAAUCAACAAUGGACCGCCAAGAGCCUCUCCACAGGUAGCGUUCGCUUUGGAGACGAUCCUAACAAGGCGCUGAGCGUGCGUGAACCUGCCGUGAAAGACCCAAGUAUCGAGUUGAAUCCAACGGAAUAUGAGAAGCAGCGAGCUCUGCAAGGCUAUAUCACGAUUGAGGGGCCUGAAAAUGUUGCAGUACUUUCCGGUGUGCCUGAAGAGCACAUAAAAAAUCGUACCGUUCGUAUAUACGAGCCUGCAAAAAACGCGAUGCAAUCUGGAACAAACAAUAUCAACUUCUGGCAGAUGGAUUUCGACACUCGCGAACGAUGGGAGAAUCCGUUGAUGGGAUGGACUUCUAGCGGGGAUCCACAUUCCAACUUGAAGGUUGAAUUCGCUACCAAGGAGGAGGCGAUCGCUCAUUGUGAGAAAAUGGGAUGGCGAUAUUAUAUUCAGAAACCCAAUGCCAAAACUCCAAAGCCUAGAAGCUACGGAGUAAACUUUUCCUGGGACAAGCGCACUCGGGUUUCUACAAAGUGAGGUGGAAAUUUAUUUUCAUUAAAUUAAUUUCUGUAUCAUAUACCUAUAUUAUAAUAGUCGAUAUCGCACGAUGCCAUCGGCAUGUGUAUCGAUCGUGCGUUUAAGUGAUGUGAAGUAUAAAGUAUGUAUAGACAUAUAUUAUAUUGAUGAAUAAAUAUUGUUCAUGAA